AUGGGAGCGCUGCAGCCAUCGCCACCCAACACUCGCGACUACAGAAUCAAGAGUCUCGAACCACGCCGCGAACACGCCGCUUUCCCAGCCGCCCCAACCCGCCGACUCCGCCCCCCGCCCCGCACAGUGCAGUCGACGGCGGUGGGGAAGCGAAAAGUCAGAAGUUUCCAAGACUUUUAUUCUUAUAUAUACAACAUCUACAGGGACGGGGAAAUACGAAGCACGCCCGCUACAACGCCCCGACCCAACGACUUAGCACCCCGCUGCACUUAUUUUCCCAGAUUCUUUAAACUUUGGAGCCCCCCGGACUCCGCCCCUCCCAAGUCGGGAUGCACUCCGCCCUCAGGGCGACGGCUUACGGUGGUUUGCAAGAGCGGAUUAGCAACGGAUAUGUGGUCAAGAUGGCAGGGGAGGGGUGAUGGGAGAGGUGGAACACGAGUAAGGUAA